CACUUAUCACUAGUAACGUGUGAUGAAUUCAAAUUUUUUGUUUUUUAUACUCAAUUUCUUCUUAGCCCUAACUACUGCUGUUGACCGUAAAAAAUUUAAAACUUGUAGCCAAAGUGGCUUUUGUAGUCGACAAAAAUCAUUUAUUGGAAACACACAUAAUUAUGAAAUUUUACAUGAAACCAUCAAAUUUGUUGACAAUUCUUUAACAUUUAAUAUAAAAAAUAAUUUAAAAAAUUUUAUUUUAAAGUCUGAAAUUCAUAUAUUUAAAGACAAUAUUAUUAGAAUUUUGAUUGAAGAUGCAUUACUACGAUAUAAAUCAAAAGAUUCCUUACUUGAUAUACUACCAGAAAAAUACUCAAACAUAAAUUAUCAAAGGACAGAUUUACAGCUUCUUAUUCAUUUUAAUGAUUUUAAAAUCAUUAUUGACUUCAAGCCUUUUAAAAUGUUUAUAUUGCAAAAUAAAAAGCAUAUCCUAGUAAUAAAUGGUCAAAAUUUGUUUAAUUAUGAGCAGAAUGCUGAGGAUAAAGAUGAAGAAGAUGAUCCUUUACCAAAUGAGGUAAUUAAGAAAAACGUUGAAGAUGACACUGACAAUGAUGAGAAUGAAGUUAAAAAAAAUGAUGUUGAAAAAAAAAAUUACCAAGAAACAUUUGAUGUACAUACUGAUACAAAACCUAAUGGUGAUACAUCUGUUGGUGUAGACAUUACAUUCCUUGGGUCUAAACAUUUAUACGGUAUACCUGAGCAUGCAGAUAAUUUUGUUUUAAGAUCAACAGUAAAUGACGAACCAUACAGAUUGUAUAAUUUUGAUGUAUUUGAAUAUGAAUUAUAUAAUAAAAUGGCCUUAUAUGGAUCUAUACCUUAUAUGAUAAGUCAUUGUUCAACUCAAACAAUUGGAAUUUUUUGGAACAACCCUUCUGAAACAUGGAUAGACAUAAAAUAUGCAAAUGAUAAUGCCUUUACACAUUGGUUUUCAGAAACUGGUGUGAUUGAUUUGUUUAUAUUAUUGGGUCCUACACCUGAUAAAGUAUUUAAACAAUACUCGAUGAUCACAGGAGUUACUCCAUUACCACCUAUUUCUACAUUGGGUUACCAUCAGUCCAGGUGGAAUUAUAAUAAUCAAGAUGAUGUUGCCGAUGUACUCAACAAAUAUGACGAAUAUGAUAUUCCUCUAGAUUUUAUAUGGCUAGAUAUCGAAUAUACUGAUGGGAAGAAAUAUUUCACCUGGGAUACCUCCAAUUUUCCGAAUCCUUUGAAAAUGAUAGAUUAUUUAAAAUCGAAAGGUAGAAAAUUAGUCAUAAUUAUCGAUCCCCAUAUAAAAGUGGACUCCUCUUAUUUAAUCUAUAACGAAUUAAACAACCGAGACAAAUUUUUUGUCCAAACAAAGGAUCGGAACGAUUAUGAGGGCUGGUGUUGGCCAGGCAACUCAAAAUACCCAGACUUUGCUAGGAAGGACGUGAGAGAUUGGUGGGCCUCUAAAUUUGAUUUUAAAGAAUUUAACACUACAACGGAAGAUGUCUUUCUUUGGAAUGAUAUGAAUGAACCUUCCGUCUUUAGUGGACCCGAGGUCACUAUGCCUAAAGACUGUUUACAUUUAAAGGAUACGGUCGAACAUCGCUCUCUGCAUAAUUUAUAUGCCUUGUAUGUGCAUAACGCGACAUUUGAAGGACUAUACCAACGUUCUAAUGGAAAAAUCAGGCCUUUCGUUUUGGCUCGAGGUUUUUUUGCUGGAUCUCAAAGAACUGCUACCGUGUGGACCGGCGACAACACUGCCGAUUGGGGUCAUCUUAAAAUAAGCAUCCCUAUGAUGCUUUGUCUUUCGGUUACAGGCAUGACUUUUUCUGGAGCCGAUGUUGGUGGAUUUUUCAGAAACCCUGAUGAGGAAUUGCUUGUCAGGUGGUAUCAAGCUGCAGCUUUUCAGCCAUUUUUCCGAGCACAUUCUCAUAUCGAUUCAAAACGUAGAGAACCAUAUUUAUUACCCCAAGCUUUGGAAUCAAUCAGAGAAUCUAUUUACGAAAGAUACACAUAUAUUCCAUAUUGGUACACCUUAUUUUAUGAAUCGGAAAAUUCAGGGAUGCCCGUAAUGAGACCUUUAUGGGUUGAAUUUUCUAAAGAGGAAAAGACCUUUGAUAUCGACAAUACACAUAUGAUUGGUGAUGCAUUAUUAAUACAUCCAGUUACUGACCCGGGGACUAUUGAAGUCAACAUGUAUUUUCCAGGAAAUAAUAUAUGGUAUAAUACUUACACGGGCGAAGAAGUUCAUGUCAAAAUAUCAAAUAUUCAUCCAGUGGCUACAAAAGAGAAUAUAUGUGUUUUUCAAAGAGGUGGUACAAUUAUCCCCCGAAAAAUGAGACAACGUAGAAGCGCAACCAUUUCGAAUGAUAGGGAUCCUUAUACUUUGUUUGUAGCACUGAAUGAACAGGAUUAUGCAUCUGGAACGUUAUACAUCGAUGAUGGUAUAAGCUAUGACUACAAACAAGGCCAAUAUUUAUAUGCUAAAUACGAGUUUUUCAAAGAUAUUUUAUCCUCAAAAAUUAUAAAUCUCCAGGAUUUUAAACCUAAUACGCGCAUUGAAAAAAUUGUGAUAAGGGGAAUUAGGCAUCCUAAAUCAAUUUAUUAUUCUAGUCAAAUAGAAAAAUCUAAGAUUCAACUUGAUUUAACAUUCGAAAAUAAUGAUAAAAGAGAAUUAACUAUCAAAAAUCCCGUUGAUGACAUUAACUCAGAAUGGAAGAUAUAUUUUACUUUUUAAGUUGAAAUGUGUUUAUAUUUAAUUGAAUGAUUUUUAUUAUGUAAAAAAUGUUGAUUCGAAUUAUGAUUAAACCAAAUGCCUUCAUUAGACAUACAAUCAAUAAGUUCGGUGAAUAAUAAAAACAUCAAUCGAUCUCGAUCUGUGCAUCAUUGUAGAAAGCAUUUUUUAUUUAUAGCUUAAUCAUAAAUAUUUAGAGUUAAAAAUGGGCAUUUUUUGAAGUUCUUGAUUCAACUAAUUAACA